CUACAAUAUAUACACCGUUCAAAAGCAAGUCCUCUCGGAAUCUGAACUUAUAAACCUUAAUUUCACUCACCAUCUUCAACUUCUGUUAAAGAUUGUUUCUUUAUCUCCUUCCUUAGCCAUGGAAGCUCUCAAUUUCACAAGUUUCUGGAAACCAAGCAAUGGCGGUUACAGAGAUAACCGAGUUCAACCGCGUCGUGGUAACAUCAGCACCACCGAGGUUCCAAAGGCCGUGAUCGCUUCAGAUCAUGAGUUGGAUGAAGGCGAUGACUCUUUCUUCGAUUUGGAGCUUCGUUUGCACGGUGUUAAUGGCGAGAAAAGAUUUGAGUCCAAGGAAGACCAAACUCGUACUUUGUCUACCGGUGAUAACUUCUCCAAGAGAAAGAUAAUCCCCAUUGAGGCAAGCUCCAAGCCACAAUCUCCGAUGGCUUCGUUAAAAUCAACCCCGAAAUUUCGAGUCUUUACUUUGAGGAAGUCCAAGUCAGUGGCAAAUACCAGUACCACAUACAUGCCCGACAAAGCUGGGUUGAUCGGUCUUCCUACGGAACCCACAACAUCAGACGAUUCCUCAAAGAGAUUGUUGAAGGGUCUGAUGCAGAAAUACUUGAAUAAAUUAAAGCCGCUGUACGUAAAAGCCUCCAGAAAGAACGGUCCAAAUGAUAAGAUAAAAGUCUCAAUUGACUUGUCGGUGUCAUCUCCGGUGAGUUCUCCGGCAUCGGUUUUUUCAGCGAAGGAGAAACAAGCAGGGGUUUGCAAGCAAUUGGGAAAGUGCAGAUCAACCUCGGCUGCAUUCUCAUCUCCCGUUAGUAGAAGAGAUGAUUCUCUGCUACUGCAACACGAUGGGAUCCAAAGCGCCAUUUUGCAUUGCAAGAGAUCUUUGAAUUCAUCAAGAGAAUCUUCAAGGUUGUCAAGAUGUACAAGUGAUUCUUCACAGGAGAAACUAAGCAACGCAUCUUCUACAGAUUCUUCUCUUCUGUCAAGAGCAACAUGCAAUUCUUUAUACGAGAAACUGAUGGAUUCUGCAAGAAUAUCCGGCAACUGAAUUACUAGUAAAUCAAGGAAACAAAAUGUUGUGAUCAGCUCCAUAGAAAGGAAACUUUGGAUAGGGACUUUGUCUUUUGUUAUCAUUAUCAUGAUAAUGUAAAAAAAAAGAAAUAUGAAAGGGGAAAAAAAUGGAAUUUAGAGAGGCUAGGAUUGUUGUUUGAUUGUUAGCCAUGAUGAGCAGUAGUAGAGUAGGUUCACUUGUAAAGGUGAUGUGCAAUUAUGAAGAAAUUGAAA